AUGAGAUACCACCCAGGGAAUGCGGUCCGGCCACCCCACCCUGGAGAGCCAGCCGAGAGCUCCAGAGCCUUCCAGGCGCGGAGAGCAGACACCCAGCAAACCGGCCCUCUUCCUUCCUGCCUGCUGCAGACAUACUCCGGCCUCUUCUGUGUGGUCAUCAACCCAUACAAGCAGCUUCCCAUCUACACGGAGGCCAUUGUGGAGAUGUAUCGGGGCAAGAAGCGCCAUGAGGUGCCACCCCAUGUGUAUGCAGUGACAGAGGGGGCCUACCGAAGCAUGCUCCAAGAUCGCGAGGAUCAGUCCAUUCUCUGCACUGGGGAGUCUGGAGCCGGGAAGACAGAAAAUACCAAGAAGGUCAUCCAAUACCUGGCCCACGUGGCAUCAUCGCCGAAGGGCAGGAAGGAGCCUGGCGUCCCCGCCUCCGCCAGCACCGUGUCUUAUGGGGAGCUGGAGCGGCAGCUUCUUCAGGCCAACCCCAUCCUGGAGGCCUUCGGCAACGCCAAGACAGUGAAGAACGACAACUCCUCCCGAUUUGGGAAAUUCAUCCGCAUCAACUUUGACGUGGCUGGGUACAUCGUGGGCGCCAACAUCGAGACCUACCUGCUGGAGAAGUCCCGCGCCAUCCGCCAGGCCAAGGACGAGUGCAGCUUCCACAUCUUCUACCAGCUGCUCGGGGGCGCUGGGGAGCAGCUCAAGGCCGACCUCCUCCUGGAGCCCUGCUCCAACUACCGCUUCCUGACCAAUGGGCCGUCAUCCUCUCCGGGCCAGGAGCGGGAGCUGUUCCAGGAGACGCUGGAGUCCCUCCGGGUCCUGGGGUUUGCCCCUGAGGAGAUCACCUCUAUGCUGCGCACGGUGUCCGCCGUGCUCCAGUUCGGCAACGUGGUUCUCAAGUCGGAGCGGAACACGGACCAAGCCACCAUGCCCGACAACACAGCUGCACAGAAGCUCUGCCGCCUCCUGGGACUGGGAGUGACCGACUUCUCCCGUGCCCUGCUCACACCCCGCAUCAAAGUUGGCCGAGAUUAUGUGCAAAAGGCCCAGAGCAAGGAACAGGCCGACUUUGCACUGGAGGCCCUGGCCAAGGCCACCUACGAGCGCCUCUUCCGCUGGCUGGUGCUGCGCCUCAACCGCGCUCUGGACCGCAGCCCCCGCCAGGGCGCCUCGUUCCUGGGAAUCCUGGACAUCGCGGGCUUUGAGAUCUUCCAGCUCAACUCCUUCGAGCAGCUGUGCAUCAACUACACCAACGAGAAGCUGCAGCAGCUCUUCAACCACACCAUGUUCGUGCUGGAGCAGGAGGAGUACCAGCGCGAGGGCAUCCCCUGGACCUUCCUCGACUUCGGCCUCGACCUGCAGCCCUGCAUCGACCUCAUCGAGCGCCCGGCCAACCCUCCCGGACUCCUGGCCCUGCUGGAUGAGGAGUGCUGGUUCCCCAAGGCCACAGACAAGUCAUUUGUGGAGAAGGUAGCCCAGGAGCAGGGAAGCCACCCCAAGUUCCAGCGCCCGAGGCACCUGCGGGAUCAGGCUGACUUCAGUGUCCUGCACUAUGCAGGCAAGGUGGACUACAAGGCCAACGAGUGGCUGAUGAAGAACAUGGACCCACUGAACGACAAUGUCGCAGCCUUGCUUCACCAGAGCACUGACCGGCUCACGGCAGAGAUCUGGAAGGACGAACACGGGGGCCUCCAGCAGCUCUCCUUCCUUGGCUCCUUCCCCCCGUCACCCCCAGGAUCUGCAGGGAGGCGCGGCUCGGACACUCCUCUGCCAGGGGGUGGGUGUCCCUGUGCAUCGACGGGUGAGGCUGCUGGACAGGGAGGGUGGACUGUUGGGCUGGGGACCUGGUUUGAGCAUCAUCCAGCCCCUCUCCUCUCUGCUGGAGGUCUCUCCCUCCCCCUCCCCCCGUGCCGGCCCCUUCUGCAGUUUCCAGUGUCUGGCAUCCGCAUCUGCCGCCAGGGCUUCCCCAACCGCAUCCUCUUCCAGGAGUUCCGGCAGCGGUAUGAGAUCCUGACGCCCAACGCCAUUCCCAAGGGCUUUAUGGAUGGGAAGCAGGCCUGUGAGAAGAUGAUCCAGGCCCUAGAAUUGGACCCCAACCUCUACCGUGUGGGACAGAGCAAGAUCUUCUUCCGGGCAGGGGUUCUGGCCCAGCUGGAAGAGGAACGGGACCUGAAGGUCACCGACAUCAUCGUAUCCUUCCAGGCUGCUGCCCGGGGAUACCUGGCUCGCAGGGCCUUCCAGAGGCGCCAGCAGCAGCAGAGCGCCCUGAGGGUGAUGCAGAGGAACUGUGCGGCCUACCUCAAGCUGAGGCACUGGCAGUGGUGGCGGCUCUUCAUCAAGGUGAAGCCACUGCUGCAGGUGACACGGCAGGACGAGGUGCUGCAGGCGCGGGCCCAGGAGCUGCAGAAAGUGCAAGAGCUGCAGCAACAGAGCGCCCGGGAACUGGAGGAGGAGCGAACCCGCCUGGCCGAGCAGUUGCGAGCGGAGGCAGAACUGUGCGCCGAGGCCGAGGAGACGCGGGGGCGGCUGGCAGCCCGAAAGCAGGAGCUGGAGCUGGUGGUGUCGGAGCUGGAGGCCCGCAUGGGCGAGGAGGAGGAGUGCAGCCGGCAACUGCAGACCGAGAAGAAGAGGCUGCAGCAGCACAUCCAGGAACUAGAGACCCACCUGGAGGCGGAGGAGGGGGCUCGGCAGAAGCUGCAGCUGGAGAAGGUGACGACAGAGGCGAAGCUGAAGAAGUUUGAGGAGGACCUGCUGCUCUUGGAGGAUCAGAAUGCCAAGCUGAGCAAGGAGCGGCGGCUGCUGGAAGAGCGCCUGGCCGAGUUCUCCUCCCAGGCGGCCGAGGAGGAGGAGAAGGUCAAGAGCCUCAACAAGCUGCGACUCAAAUAUGAGGCCACAAUUGCAGACAUGGAGGACCGCCUGCGGAAGGAGGAGAAGGGCCGCCAGGAGCUGGAGAAGCUGAAGCGGCGGCUGGACGGGGAGAGCUCCGAGCUGCAGGAGCAGAUGGUGGAGCAGCAGCAGCGCGCGGAGGAGCUGCGGGCCCAGCUGGGCCGCAAGGAGGAGGAGCUGCAGGCGGCGCUGGCCAGGGCAGAGGAGGAGGGCGGAGCGCGAGCCCAGCUGCUCAAGUCCCUGCGGGAGGCGCAGGCAGGCCUGGCAGAGGCCCAGGAGGACCUGGAGGCCGAGCGCGCAGCCAGGGCCAAGGCCGAGAAGCAGCGCCGCGACCUGGGCGAGGAGCUGGAGGCGCUCCGUGGUGAGCUGGAGGACACGCUGGACUCCACCAACGCGCAGCAGGAGCUCCGGUCCAAGAGGGAACAGGAGGUGACGGAGCUGAAGAAGGCUCUGGAGGAGGAGACUCGCGUCCACGAGGCAGAGGUGUCUGAGCUUCGGGCAGAGCUGAGCAGCCUGCAGACUGCCCGUCAGGAGGGUGAGCAGAAGAGACGCCGCUUGGAGUCCCAGCUGCAGGAGGUGCAGGGCCGGGCAGGCGACGGGGAGCGGGCACGAGUGGAGGCUGCUGAGAAGCUGCAGCGAGCCCAGGCUGAGCUGGAGAACGUGUCGGGAGCCCUGAGCGAGGCCGAGUCCAAAGCCAUCCGCCUGGGCAAGGAGCUGAGCAGCACAGAAGCCCAGCUACACGACACCCAGGAGCUGCUGCAGGAGGAGACCAGGGCGAAGCUGGCCCUGGGGUCCCGGGUGCGGGCCGUGGAGGCCGAGGUGGCCGGGCUGCGGGAGCAGCUGGAGGAGGAGGCCGCGGCCAGGGAGCGCGCAGGCCGGGAGCUGCAGACCGCCCAGGCCCAGCUUGCAGAUUGGCGGCGGCGCCAGGAGGAAGAGGCCGGGGCACUGGAGGCAGGGGAGGAGGCUCGGCGCCGGGCGGCCCGAGAGGCAGAGGCCCUGGCCCAGCGCCUGGCAGAAAAGACAGAGGCUGUGGAAAGGCUGGAGCGGGGCCGCCGGCGGCUGCAGCAGGAGCUGGACGAUGUCACCGUGGACCUGGAGCAACAGCGGCAGCUUGUGAGCACCCUGGAGAAGAAGCAGCGCAAGUUCGAUCAGCUCCUGGCUGAGGAGAAGGCAGCUGUGCUGCGGGCCGUGGAGGAGCGGGAGCGCGUUGAGGCCGAGGGCCGGGAGCGCGAGGCUCGGGCCCUGUCUCUGACCCGGGCGCUGGAGGAGGAGCAGGAGGCACGCGAGGAGCUGGAGCGCCAGAACCGGGCGCUGCGGGCGGAGCUGGAGGCUCUACUGAGCAGCAAGGACGACGUCGGCAAGAGCGUGCAUGAGCUGGAACGCGCCCGAAGGGUGGCAGAACAGGCCGCCAGUGACCUACGCACACAAGUGACAGAACUGGAGGAUGAGCUGACGGCGGCUGAGGACGCCAAGCUGCGCCUGGAGGUGACUGUUCAGGCUCUCAAGACACAGCACGAGCGGGACCUGCAGGGCCGGGACGAGGCUGGCGAGGAGAGGCGAAGGCAGCUGGCCAAGCAGCUGAGGGAUGCGGAGGUGGAGCGCGAUGAGGAGCGCAAGCAGCGGGCUCUGGCGGUGGCCGCCCGCAAGAAACUGGAGGCCGAGCUGGAGGAGCUGAAGGCGCAGACGACGGCCGCAGGGCAGGGCAAGGAAGAGGCGGUGAAGCAGCUCCGCAAGAUGCAGGCCCAGAUGAAGGAGCUGUGGCGGGAGGUGGAGGAGUCACGCAGCUCCCGGGAGGAGAUCUUUGUCCAGAGCCGGGAGAGUGAGAAGCGCCUCAAGGCCCUGGAAGCGGAGGUGCUGCGGCUGCAGGAGGAACUGGCCGCGUCGGACCGCGCCAGGCGGCAGGCCCAGCAGGAUCGGGAUGAGAUGGCAGACGAAGUAGCCAACGGCAACCUUAGCAAGGCAGCCAUUCUGGAGGAGAAGCGCCAGCUGGAGGGGCGCCUGGGGCAGAUGGAAGAGGAGCUGGAGGAGGAGCAGAGCAACGCAGAGCUGCUCAAUGACCGGUACCGCAAGCUCCUCCUGCAGGUGGAAACUCUGACCACAGAGCUGUCUGCAGAGCGCAGUUUCUCAGCCAAGGCUGAGAGUGGGCGGCAACAGCUAGAGCGGCAGAUCCAGGAGCUACGAGGACGCCUGGGUGAGGAAGAUGCUGGGGCCCGGGCCCGCCAGAAGAUGGUGAUUGCAGCCCUUGAGUCUAAGUUAGCCCAGGCAGAAGAGCAACUGGAGCAGGAAAGCAGAGAGCGCAUCCUCUCGGGCAAGCUGGUGCGCAGAGCUGAGAAGCGGCUGAAGGAAGUGGUUAUGCAGGUGGAGGAGGAGCGCAGGGUGGCAGACCAGCUCCGGGACCAGCUGGAGAAAGGGAACCUUCGGGUGAAGCAGCUGAAGCGGCAGCUGGAAGAAGCUGAGGAGGAGGCAUCCAGGGCUCAAGCUGGUCGCCGGAGGCUUCAGCGGGAACUGGAGGAUGUCACAGAGUCAGCCGAGUCCAUGAAUCGAGAGGUGACAACGCUGAGGAACCGGCUCAGAAGGGGCCCGCUCACCUUCACCACCCGAACCGUGCGGCAGGUCUUCCGCCUGGAGAAGGGCGUGGCUUCUGACGAGGAGGAGGCCCAGGAGGCGGAGCCCGGCUCUGGACCACCGCCCCCUGAACCUGAGGGCCCUCCACCAGCCCAGCCCCAGUGACCCACCUUGCCAAGGUGCACUAAGGGCAGCAGGCACUUGUCCCAUGCACCCCACCCUUUGGCUUCUUGCACUUUGGAAAUGAUGUUGCCCUUUGGCACUUUUUGGCAUUUAUCAACCACCUCCCCUCCCUGAGACAUCCUGUCAACUGGUGGUCCCCCAAGCACAAAGGAGAGAGACUGGCUAGACGACAACCACUGGGGCUCUAUUGCUUGAGGGGAAGCUAUGGUCCCCUCAGCUCCCCAUCCUUUCUUCAAUUGUUAAGGAUCCUGAGCCCCUUGCAAAGACAGGACAAGGAGCCCCUCUUAUCCUCUCCUGCCCACUCUGUCCUCCUUUCUAAUUGGUCUUCUGUAGUCACAGGUUGGAGUUCCCAGAGGGGUCUGGUAGCGUCUCCCUUACUGUUCCAGCUUCCCAGCCCCGGCAGAAAUAAACUCCAAUCCCUGAUUGGACUCUUAGCUGUGACUGUGUGUCCCUCCAGGAAACCUCUGAUGGGGUGUGGGGGCUUCUUCAGUUCCCCUGGGUUGGAAGGAGGGGCUCUGCUGGUUUUAAUCACAGCUUAUUAUAUAGUUGAGGAAGCCCAGGCUCUCUGAGGCCUUAUUCCUCACUCCAAGCCUCCAGUGAGUGCCAGGGGUGGGCUGUGCCAGACCAACUCUCCCAAGUCUUUGCAAUAAAUAAAAAUUUUUAAAACGA